UGUAACACACAGUAAACCCGUACACAGUGGCGUGAAUAGCCAGCCGCUGCACUCUCACUUUUUAAAUAACGUCUUACAUAACAAUGAUUACUGGCUAUUCGCACUUAGCUGUAUACCGCUUGUUUGAAAUUUGAAUUUGCCUAAAGUUCAGCCAGGAAAGAAAAUGUCAUAAAUGUCAUAAAUGAUGAGGACUUAACAGCUAUACGUCUACAGUCAGAGGUUCGAAGAGGGAAAAGGUCUUCUUAUCAAGCGGCGGAUUGGGAGCAUAACCCAGUAGCGGAUUUUCUAAAGCAACUUGCAUUUGCUGUGGCGCCGGAUUACAAUUUUUCGUAAUAGUCUUGGAGUUGGAUCAUUCCUAUAUUUAAAACACAUAAACAAACGCAGAAUAAUUGAAAUGGAGAGAACUUGUAAAAUGUUAUAUUUGCAAUUAUUUGUUUGGAUGAUAUCAUGUGGAAUAGUAUUCGGACAAGGAUGUAACUCCAGUCCGUGUUUAAAUGGAGCCACAUGUAUUGACAAUGAGGAUGGGACAGUGUUCUGCCAGUGUGCUUAUGGCCCCAACCAGGUUUACCACGGAGAAUUCUGCCAGGAAUUGUUAGUUUCGAGAAGUAGUGAGGAAUGCUCAGAGCACUUUUAUACAAAGUCCGGAACAUUAACAUCACCAAAUCAUCCAGCAUUGUACUUCCCUGCAUUAGACUGUUACCAUAUCAUUGGUUAUCCGGGCGGAAAGAAGAUUCGAAUAUUUUUCAACGGGCCAAUUGACAUCGAAGAAUUUAAAGACGAACUCGUAUUAUCAGCAGGGCCUUUGAUCAACAUUGGAGUCGACCCAUCCCUGCGCGUUCUCUUCAGCGCUGGCCGUGUCGAAUCACCAUCUGAUUUCGAGUUCUCGUCUGACGUUAUUUGGGUGAACUUCUUUACAGAUAGAAACGUACAAAAGAUGGGCUUUAGUUUUUCUUGGCUAUUUGAUGCCGAUGAGUGUGUUGGUGACCCAUGUGACCCAGGACAGGCUUGCAUUGAUUUAGAAUUCAGCUUCACAUGCGUUGAUAUUGACGAAUGUGCAAGCGACCCUUGUCUAAAUGGGGGCACGUGUUUGAACGGCGAUAACACAUUCACUUGUGCCUGUCCCACCGGAUUUAGGGGUGUCAGAUGCGAAGAGAUUAUUGACCCUUGCCUUGCCAUGCCUUGUUUCAAUGGCGGGAUCUGUCAGUCAAACCGUCUGGACUUCACAUGUACAUGCGUCAAUGGAUGGACUGGCCCUACUUGUCAAGACGACUUGGAUGAAUGCUUGAGUGACCCGUGUGAAAACGGAGGCACUUGUAACAAUGGCCGUAAUAUGUACACGUGUACGUGCGCACCUGGAUGGACGGGAACUGACUGCGAAACUGAGAUAUUGGAAUGUGCUUCUGGUCCGUGUCUGAAUGGGGCUCAGUGUUUCGAGGGCAUCAAUGCCUAUACCUGCGUUUGUGUUCCAGGGUUCACAGGCGACAACUGUCAGACCAAUAUUGAUGAAUGUGCCAGCACCCCAUGCUUAAAUAAUGGUGGUUGUAUUGAUGGUGUCAAUCGUUAUAUAUGUUCCUGUCUGCCUGGUUACCAGGGCGUUCACUGCGAGAGUGAUAUUGACGAGUGCGCGAGCAAUCCUUGCCUUAAUGGUGGUACAUGUACCGAUCGAAUCAAUAACUUUGUUUGCUCCUGUCCGCCCGGUUACACAGACUCUAUCUGCAGUACUGAAAUCAGCGAGUGUGCAUCUGAUCCUUGUGUCAAUGGUCGCUGCUUGGAUGAUGUCAAUAGCUACUCCUGUGUGUGCAACCCAGGGUGGACUGGUGUCAACUGUGACAUUGAUAUCAACGAAUGUCUAUCAAGUGGUGGGUUCAAUCCAUGUCAGAAUGGUGGAACCUGUGUAAAUGGUCUAAACAUGUACACGUGUAUGUGCCGACCAGGAUAUACAGGGGUUAACUGCGAAGUCGAUAUUGAUGAGUGCUCUUCAAACCCGUGUUUGAAUCUCGGAACCUGUGUCGAUGGUGUUAACUUCUAUACCUGUAAUUGCCAGGAAGGAUUUGAAGGAACAAACUGUGGAAUAGACAUCAAUGAGUGCGCCUCCAAUCCCUGCUUUAAUGGAGGAACGUGUACUGACGAAGUGAAUAGUUUCAGAUGCACAUGCCCUGUCGGGUAUCAAGGAGAACGAUGUGAAAGUGAUACACCUGACUGUCAGCCUAAUACAUGCCUGAACAAUGGUGUUUGUCAGGAUCUCACCAAUGCGUUUGAGUGUAUCUGUCUGCCUGGCUGGACCGGAACAAGAUGCGAAACAUCAAUUAAUGAGUGUGCAUCAAAUCCGUGUCAAAACGGUGCUUCUUGCCUCGACCAGCAUCUCGGCUAUUUAUGUGCGUGCAGAGCAGGAUAUACGGGUACUAACUGCGAACAGGAAAUCAACGAAUGUCUAAGCGAUCCUUGCUUAAAUGGUGGCUCAUGCAUUAAUGGCAUCAACAUGUUCACAUGCAACUGCAUGCCAGGAUGGGCAGGAAAUAUCUGUGAAACUGAUCUUGAUGAAUGUGCAAGUUCACCAUGCCAGAAUGCAGGAAUAUGUAUAGACCAACCAAACUUUGCCUUCGAAUGUUUCUGCCAACCCGGAUGGUCCGGUACAUUCUGCCAGAUUGAUAUCAACGAGUGCCUAUCGAAACCAUGUUUGAAUAACGCGACCUGCGUCAGUGGGGGUAAUAUGUACACAUGCAUAUGUGCCCCUGGUUAUACCGGAACUAAUUGUGCCGAGGAUAUCAAUGAGUGUGAAGGUCAGUUGUGCAGUGGACGUGGUCGUUGUAAUAAUUUGGUUGAUGACUUCUCAUGCACAUGUGAACCAGGCUAUGAAGGUCGAGUCUGUGAGAAUGAAAUGGACAAGUGCGCAACCAACCCUUGCCAGAACUCUGGAACAUGUACCAAUUUCCUUACAUAUUACACUUGUGCUUGUGUGUUAGGAUGGGAAGGAGAAAACUGUGAUAUUAAUACAAAUGACUGUUUGGGAAGCCCGUGUAACAAUGGAGGAACUUGUUUCGAUGAAGUGAACGGGUUCACGUGUACGUGCACAGACGGGUGGACAGGUCAACGAUGUGAUGUCAGUAUCAACGAAUGUGCAUCGUUCCCCUGUCAGAACAAUGGAUUCUGUGUAGAUGGAGUGAAUAGAUAUGAAUGUAUUUGUGCUUCCGGUUUCACUGGUGUCAACUGCGAGAGUCCAAUCGACCAAUGCUCACCUCAGCCGUGUGUUAACAACGGAAACUGUAUCAACAGAGCGACAUACUUCAACUGUGAUUGCGCACCGGGUUAUACUGAGUUUGAUUGCAGUGUGGAGAUCGAUGAAUGCAAGAAUAACCCUUGUCGCAAUGGUGCUAACUGCAUCGAUCUUGUGGCAAACUUCAGUUGUAACUGUGCACCAGGCUACACAGGAAAGACCUGUAGUGGAGAUAUCAAUGAAUGUCUCAGUAACCCAUGCCAGAACAAUGCUCGAUGUUUCGACCAGGUCAAUGGCUACCAAUGCCAAUGUCUCCCGGGUUUCAUCGGGGACCACUGCCAGACUGAAAUCGAUGAGUGUGCUAGCAAUCCUUGUCUAAAUGGCGGAACUUGUAAGGAUCAAGUUAACGCGUUUACCUGCACAUGUACUGUAGAUUGGACUGGAUCACGAUGUGAAACAAGUUUGAGUGAAUGUGCAAGUGACCCUUGUGCAAACGGUGGGACGUGUAUUGAAGGAGACAACGCCUUCUCAUGCCAGUGUGCACCAGGAUGGGAAGGAACAACAUGUGAAAUGGAUUUCAACGAAUGUCACAGCCUACCGUGUCAGAACGGUGGAACCUGUAUCAACGGGCAAAAUGAAUACACGUGUGAUUGUACUGCAAUCUGGACUGGUCAAAGAUGCGAAUUAUCGGUUAAUGAAUGUGAGAGUGACCCUUGUCAAAACGGAGGAACUUGUCAGGAUGUAAUUGGAGGAUAUACCUGCUUCUGUGCUUCAGGUUGGACUGGAUCUCAAUGUCAAAUAGAUGUCGAUGAAUGCUCCAGCAAUCCUUGUCUGAAUGGAGCUACUUGUGAUGAUAGAAUUAACAUGUAUCUGUGCAUCUGCGCAGCAGGGUUUAUCGGCACUCGUUGUCAAAUUAACAUUGAUGAAUGUGCUAGCAGUCCAUGUGUGAAUGGAGAAUGCGUAGAUGGUAUUGAUGGAUACACGUGCUCUUGUAGACCUGGGUGGACUGGUGUUCUUUGCGAUGAAGAUAUUGAUGAAUGCUUCAGCCAGCCUUGUGAGAACGGAGGGUCUUGUGACAAUCUCGAGAAUAGAUACCAAUGCAGAUGCCUUCCUGGUUUCUCUGGUCAAAACUGCCAAAUUGAGGGUGACGAUUGUUCUGGUGAUCCUUGUCUAAAUGGAGGCGUCUGUUUUGAUGGUGAUAACUCAUUUACUUGCCAGUGUGUGUUGGGAUUUACUGGUACCCGAUGUGAAACAAACAUCAAUGACUGUGACCCAAACAAUUGCCAGAACGGUGGAAUAUGCGUGGAUGGUGUUAAUUCAUUCACAUGUAUAUGUUUAUCAGGAUGGACAGGAACUCUCUGUGAUGACAAUAUUGAUGAAUGUGUCAGUAGCCCGUGUAUAAAUGGCGAUUGUAUUGACAUGGUCAACGGGUAUACAUGUGAUUGCUUCCCAGGCUUCCGUGGUGUCACCUGUGAUGAGAAUGUUGACGACUGUGCGAGUGGACCUUGCCUCAAUGGAGGAUCCUGUAUUGAUGAAGUCAAUGGUUUCAUAUGCCAGUGCCCCAUUGAAUGGGGAGGCGACAGAUGUGAAUUGCAGGGAGAUUGCAACCGCAAUUACACUAUUCCUGCCAAUGGGGAACUGACGUUAAGCUCACCCAACUACCCCGCCAACUACGAGAACAACCAGUACUGUCUGUGGCUGAUACAGACACCUCCAGGAAGCCAUAUCCGGGUGUCCUUCCCUGCCAUGGCGACCGAACUCAACUACGACUUCGUAUCGGUAGGCAACGGCAGGGACAUCAAUGACCUCGGUUCCCGCGUCAUCUACGCGUCUGGGUUAGACGUUCCACCAUCUUUCUUGACGACGGAUAACCUCGUAUGGACCUUGUUCACAUCGGAUGGGAGCAAGACAGAGAAUGGCUUUAGGGUGAAAUACGUCACUGUUGACAAUGCAGAUCUGAUUGAUGAAUGUACGUCUAGUCCAUGUCUAAACGGUGGUUCUUGCGUUAACGGUCAAAAUAAAUUCGAUUGUCUGUGUGAUCGUUACUACACUGGAACACUAUGUGAAACCUACAUCGAAAUGAAUGCAUGCGCCAGUGAUCCCUGCCCAGAAGGAACCCAAUGUUACAGUGAGAUUGAUGGCUACUCCUGUCUCUGUCCUCGCGGGUUUGUAGAUGAUGCUUGCCUCAUUUCCCCUAUCACUGAAGAGAGACCGUGUGAUGAGGAUCCGUGUGCUAACGGUGCAACCUGUAUGGAGAAUGGUGACCAGUUUGAAUGUAUAUGCAGUGAUGGGUGGACUGGAGAACGCUGUAACAUUGAUAUCGAUGAAUGUAGCAGUGACCCCUGUCUUAACGAUGGAACGUGUAUCAACGGUCUAGAUAUGUUUACCUGCCAGUGCUGUGAUACAUUCAGUGGUGACCGAUGCGAGAUAAGUGCGGGAUUCACCAUCUGCAAUACAAACCCAUGCCAGAAUGGUGCCCUCUGCGUCCCACCACAGGGUAAUGAUAUACAGUACACCUGCGUGUGUUCAGAUGGCUAUAUUGGAGCAAACUGUGAAUUAGAAAUCGAUGAAUGUGCAAGUAGCCCUUGUCUGAAUGGAUACGAUUGCACAGACGAGGUCAAUGGAUUUAGAUGUAACUGCGAUGCAAACUUGGGACCUGAUUGCCGGGGAUCUCGCGGAGGCUGUCGUAGCUUACCCUGCCAAAAUGGAGGCACUUGUGUGGAACCUGUAUCAGGAGAAUUCUUCUGCAACUGCCCUGAUGGAUGGAUUGGUGAUGACUGCAGAACAGCUGACCCAUUGGGAAAGAUCUGUUCUGAUAGCACGGUAUGCCAGAAUGAUGGUACAUGUAUCAAACAGAACGGUGUUGCACAGUGUGUCUGUCCAAAGGGAUUUUCUGGCUCCGUGUGUUCAAUAUCUGAUGACGUAUGCCGAAAUCAUAGGUGCCUGAACAAUGGAACCUGCGUUCCGAUCUCAAACGAAGCAUAUGAAUGUCGAUGUGACCCGGCUUCAUACGAAGGAUUGUUCUGCGAAAAGGAAAUUGAUCACUGUAGUUCGAAUCCUUGUCAAAACGGAGGAAGGUGUAUGAAUCUUCGAUCAAUCUAUGUCUGUUCUUGUCCGUCAGAUACAAUUGGUUUAGACUGCGAAACAAGACUCGUUGCCCCAUCACAGUCCCCCUCGACAAGCCUUGAAGAGAAUUGGAUUAUCAUCAUCGCAAUUCUAGCCUCUUUAGCAUUUAUUCUCAUUAUCUUAUUGUUAAUAGCAGCCUGUCAUUUCUGUGGCCGGCGAGAAAAGAAAGUAGAAUAGACAUUUUUAUAUGAAUACUUAGAUAUAUUCGCUUUAAACGAACAUUAUAUUGAACAAAUUAUUGUCAUCCCUAUGGCUUUAUAUUCGAUUUACAGGGACUGGAUCGUCUGAACGCAAAUGCUGUGAUGAAAUCACACACAAAAUUGAUAAAUACAUUUAGCCCACAGCAGACUUUACAACCGACCAGCUACCAUCAUAUACAUUGAUAUAAAAACAAAUAAAAUCUUUGCAACUUCAUGGAAAACAGUUUCACACCCGAUCUUGCUGAGAGUUUUAAUGUUCCAUAUAAGUUGUCUGAUCUGGCAACUUCCUUUGAUUUUGAUUGGCUGAGAAUAGAAAGUGUCUGAUUGCUACUAGGGCAACCGUCGGAUAAAGAAGGCUUCGAGGAAAAAGAUACCUGACAGUUCCUUUCAUGAAACGCCGCCAGGGUGCUUCUUCAGCUUCUAUCAGUUGCUGGAGGGGAAAUAAGCUAGUCCAGUUCUCAAGAUGAAAUAUUACUCUGUUGUCCUAGAUCAUCUUCAUGGGUUUCUUUGUACUUUUGAAAUAUGUAUAUGCAAAAUAUAAAUUGUACCCAUUUGUCAGGGAUUGUAAAGUGCAUUGUCUCAUAAUGUUCCAAAGCACUUUGGUGGAGAUUGGCAAGUCCGUCACUAUGUGUAGCGACAUAAUCAAUUCAAAAUUAUCGAUCAAUUCUAAUCAAAGGUCUAAAUUUUGUUAUACAUGUCGAAUACUACUGUAUUCCGGUUUUCAAUUAGUCAUUUUGAAAACGACCAAUAAUGAUGAUAUUGAUGACAUGAUUUCAAUUUAAUGAGCUUCCAUUGAAUGUUCUUUGAUCGUGUUGACCUUUAUGUAGUACUUUGGUAUCGUAAUCUUUACGUAAGUACAGUGUAUGAGUAAUCUUUAUU